AUGGAGAAUCUCAUCGACUUAGUGAGAAGAAGAAGCAUCUUAAAUGAUGACGAAAAUAUUUUGGGAGUCCCAAAGUAUGUUGAGCAUUUACCACGGGCUGAGAAGAUAAUACCAGGGCACACGUUGCUAAAACCUUCCUUCGAUUUGGGAAUACCAAUGAGAGAAUUAGAUAUACAGGUUUUAGAAAAACAGAGAAUGUUAUCAAAUAAUCCAUUGGUUAAUAACCAACGUCGAUCCAGAAAAAUAAAAUCCGCAUAUAGAAUACGACAAAGUAGCGAGUCGACAGAUUCGUCCGAUCUUUCUCCAUCAUCAGCCAGCUCAGACUACGAGAAGAAUGCCGGAAACCCCUUCACAAUACACAAGGACAAAUAUAAACAAAAUUGGUUAUGGUAUCACGAGAUGGACGGUGACCACAUGAACGUGAACCCCUACGCACCAACAUUCCAAAAUUAUGGUCCUUCUGGUUCAUCAUUAUUUUUUGGUAGAAAGUGGUGGUAUUUUAAUCAAGUAAGUUAUAUUUAUAUCAAGCUUUUGUAAUGUUAUAUUCUUCGAAAAAUAUUAAAGCUAUC